CUAAGUGAUUAUUCUGUGUUUCAACAUGAUUUUGUAUUGACUUUUCCUGUCUGGAACGAGUUCGUUAUAUAUAUUUAAACAAGUGAAAUCAUGUUAUUUAUUUAUGUACCAGUCAUGUUCAUUAAAAUUUCUUCUGCACUCUGCAGUAACAAGAAUUCAGAACUACUUGAAAAGUGAAUAACAGAGAUAAAUAUCCUAGAAACCUUUUUGAAGACAGUGGUGGACAUUUCACUGACAAAUUUAAAGAUUAAAAAUUUGAUUUGGGAAAAUGAGUUGCUAUGAUGAUGACAAUUUAGACUUUUCAAAAAUUGGUAAAGAACUGAACUCUGCAGUAGAAGCAGAUGAAAAAUAUAACAGAGAAAAUGACGCUAAGUUCCGAGCUGUUCAUCAAAAGGUGGCUUCUUACGAUGAAUUUCGAGAUAUAGUAUUAGCUUCACAUAUUAAACCAUUAGAAAAAGGAGAUAGAAUUAGUGAGUGUAAAAUGAAUCAACCGUGGAAUUCUGUGGCUUUAAACACAGAUAAAAGGGAGACAUCUACAACUACAAAUUCCACUAUUGAGGAAGGAAAACGACUUCCCAAAUCAGGAUUAGAGUUUGCACAACAAUGGAGAAGAUUCUAUAAAACUGAAGAUGAACAAUACCCGUAUCUAAUGGACAUUGGUAGUGAACAUUUGGCCAAAAUCUUUCACACAGAAAUAAGUUUUGGACUACUUGGUGAAAUUCUUAAGGCUCUGUGUUUAUUCAAGAAGGAAGAUGCAACCAAGGUCAUUGGUAUUUUAGAAACUUUGUCCAAGGUCAAUAGGUUCUCUUUAAGUAUGCAAUUUUUAAGUUCUGUAGAAAGAGACACAUGUGUCAAAUUAUUUAAGAAUUUACAAUCCUGUGUUAGUGAAGAUAGUGAUCAGUUGACAGUAUUGGUUCAUUUACAGAUAUUGUAUGGUGUUCAAAAUUGAUUAAAAAGUUGUAUUUUCUUC